CUCUAAUUAAUAAAGAAUCCACAAUUUGGAGCAAAAAAAUUAUAAUUUGGCGGUGUCAUUAAAUAUUGAAACGGUGUCGUUGAAAAAGUUAAACCGCCGUCUGUGGGAAUCGAACCCACGACCACGUGGUUAAAAGCCACGCGCUCUACCGGCUGAGCUAAGACGGCUGAUGUGCUCUUAUUUCAUCGUUUUAUUUACAUCUUUUGAAUUUGUAAAUCGCCACCAUCAAUUAGCAAAUAGUAGCUGCGGCCGGCGACGGCGAGGGAAAGCGAGAGGGUGCUGCAAAUCUGUUACGCACGUUCAAUGGCUCUUGGUGUCUGCAACACAGCCAGGCUUCCCAGCGGCAUCCGCCACUGUCGCACAUUCAUCGCCGUAAGGAUCAAAUGGGUUCCCGACCCAUCCCUCGACGCAGCAGUUUCCAAGGAGAAGGAUUUGAAGCAAGUCAUCUCCCUGAAAAACCACAUCCUCGCCUCUCCUUCAAAGUCCCUCCCGCUGUCCUCUAUUUCCCUUCUCAAACCCGAAUUCAAUCUUCCCAUGGCUGCUUUUCGCUUUCUCAAGAGGUACCCUUUCGUUUUCUCCGUCUUCCAGCCUUCUCCCUCGCUUCCGCUCCGUGUCAAGCUUACUCGUCUGGCAUUCAAGGUUCACUGCGAAGAGCAGGUGAUUCGCGAUUCCUCCGCUCACCGUGACGACGCCGUGAAGAGGUUGGCGAGGCUGUUGAUGCUCUGUAAAAGCAUGAGAUUGCCACUGCAUAUUAUUGAUAGGUUCAAGCUUGAUUUGGGUUUGCCUCAUAAUUACGUUUCGCAGCUUCUAUCUGAUUACCCUGAUUACUUCCAAGUCGUUGGGGAGGGUAGGAAUGGCGAUUCUCGUGAUGAAAUGUUGUGUUUGGAGCUGGUUUCGUGGAAGGAUGAACUGGCUGUGUCUGAGAUGGAAAGAAGAAUGGCUUUAGGGGAUUUGAGGAAUGUGAAGAAAGGAGCACGAAUUGGUUUCUUGUUGAGCUACCCUAAGGGGUUUGAUUUGGUGAAUAAGGUGAGAGAUUGGGUCUUUGAGUGGCAAAAUCUGCCAUACGUUUCCCCAUAUGAAAAUGCCUUCCAUUUGAAUCCUAAUGGAGAUCAAGCUGAGAAGUGGACCGUGGCAGUGUUGCACGAGCUGCUGUGGUUGUUAGUGUCCAAGAAAACCGAGACUGAAAAUGUGCUGCUUUUGGGAGAGUAUUUGGGAUUUGGAAGGAGAUUUAAGCAUGCUUUGGUUCAUCAUCCUGGUAUAUUUUAUCUUUCACAUAAGAUUAGAACGCAAACGGUUGUGCUCAGGGAAGCUUAUUCGAAGGAUUUCCUGGUGGUGAAGCACCCUUUGAUGGGUAUGAGGUUUAGGUACAUUUACCUUAUGAAUAUAGAUAAGGAAAGUCAAAGGCGGAGGAAGUUGAUGCUGAGUGAAAGUUCGAUGAUGACGAAAAAGGUGUCUUUUCCUGUUAAAAAAUCAGAGGAUAAAGGAAAAUUUAAAGGUGGUAACAGGGAAGGAUUAGUAGGGAAAUCAAAUUGUUCUUAGGAUUCUAACUCCAUGCUUCAGAUUCUGAAUGAGAUGCUGGUUCGAAGUCUCCGUGCCUGAGGAGCUGGAAAUGUGGUUGAUCCAACUUCGCCAUACUUAUCCAUGAAGAGAGAGAGCAGCAAACAAACCACUGGAGCACUUUUCCUACAUGUAAUCAUGGUUGAGAAAUAUUGUUGCGUGAAUACCCGGCUUAUAUGGUGGUAUAUUUCACAUGCCUCUUUUCAAGUUCUUCCUGUUGCGUUUCCUUCUGAGAUAUUACCGGUGGGUACUUGAAGGAUUUGAUAUGAACUGUGCCUCAAUACUUCACUACUUGGUUUGGAUUGAGCAUGUUUUUGUUUGAGGUAGCACAAAGAUAGUGAAUUUGGUGGUUUGGAUGCAUGCCAGGCACCUAAUAUGUGUUAUAAUUAGGCGUCGGACGGAUUUUCUUGAUCAUGUAGUUGAUUGAGAGUUCGUGAUUCCACUUGAGCUACUGGUUGGAUAAGCCUGUUUUUCUCUUUUUUCCAGUGUGCUGAUCCUCAUGAAUGCAUGCAUAUCAUCUUGUCAUGGGAUUUGACUUGCUUAAGCUAAUGGAAGUUCGCCUUAUCAUAGUGAGCAAAGAUCUUAUUCUUACUUAUAACACCUUAAAAUCACUUGCAUUCUUCCAGCUAGCAUUCGUCUAUAAAUUAUGGGAUCUAAGCUCCUAAAAUUGCAUUUGAAAGUCCCAGUGGAUGCAACUUUGAUACUGAGGAAGGCCCUGGCACUUUGUUAAUGGAUAAGUUUUUCCGUCUGAUUUGCUGCUUGUACAAUUGCUGCUCUGGUGUGAAAUAAAUGAAUAGCACAGUGAUUGUACAAUUCAGUCCGAAACUUGAGCUGUCUUUGCUUUGAAUUUAUGUGUCCUGACAUAAUAUCUGAUUUCUGGUUGCCCUUUGCAACGGUGACUGUAGAGGAGAUAGCUAAUUUGCAGCUUAUGUGUUUGCACCUUCUAUACUGGUUACUCCACAUGGUGCUCUGAGCAUCAUCAUCAGGAAUGAUACUCCAUAUUUUUGUAGAUUAAGUUUACAUUUCCAGUAUUGAGGUCUGAAUGUUUUCAUGGUUUAUUUGCAGUGAAGUUCUUGCCCAUGCUGUUUUAAGAGAGGUCUCAUGUUGUUGGUGUUCUUGGUUGUGCUCUUCGAGGGUUCUAGGACCCUUGUCCUAUAUGCUCCCAAAGAACAGUGAAGUGGGAUCUGUGAUAAGAGGUCUGUAAUCUUUCUCUGGAGCCUGGCAUAAGUCCAUCUCAGUUUGUAAAUCUGUGCUGCUUUGAGAAGUAGCUGCAGUAUUUGUUUCUGUUUUGGAUUAAUAAUACUUUGCUGCAGAC